AUGUUUCCAAUUUCAGCUUUAUCUGACAAGGAAUGUGACUUGUGGGUUAAAGCAUUGAGGCAUUUAGCUGCUGAUACUGUAAACUCACCUUAUCCAUUGGCAGUCGAGAGAUGGCUUCGACGUGAAUUUUAUGCAGUUGAGAACCAAAGGGAGACAGUAUCGAUGAAAGAAGUGAAACUAUUUCUACCUCGUGUAAAUUGCAAACUUGCUACACAUAAGUUACGAGAGGAGUUUCAGAAAGUUGAUACGAGUAACAGGACUGAAUUGGGGUUUGAUGAUUUUGCUAUGCUGUAUCAUAAAUUGAUAUUCGAUGAAUCUAGGAUUCAAGAUUACUUUGACUGCUUUUCCGAGUACUGUUCAGAUGGAAAAAUCGUAUCGCUUCAAGAGUUCCAGAAAUUUUUAUUGCAAGAGCAAGAUGAUCCCAUGGGUGAAGAUGUUAGGGCAACGUCACAGUUUUUAAGAGAUUACUUACAAGAACCUUUGAGGGAUAUUCAAGAGCCUUAUUUUACAGUCUCUGAGAUUUUAGAUUUUUUAUUUUCAAAAGACAAUGAAGUUUGGGAUUCAAGGAAUGAUGUUGUCUACCAAGACAUGACCAGGCCGAUGGCUCAUUAUUGGAUUGCUUCAUCACAUAACACUUAUCUAAUGGGGGAUCAGUUCUCAUCAGAGUCUUCAGUAGAAGCGUACGCCAGGUGUCUCCGUGCAGGAUGUCGUUGUGUGGAACUCGAUUGUUGGGACGGACCUGAUGGAAUGCCAUUUAUUUAUCAUGGCCAUACGUUGACCACCAGGAUUAGAUUUCUGGAUGUGAUCAAGACUAUCAGGGAACAUGCUUUUGCUACUUCUGAUUAUCCAGUUAUUCUUUCCAUCGAAGACAACUGCACACUGCCCCAGCAACGCAAAAUGGCGUCAGCGAUGCUCGAAGUCUUCGGAGACAUGCUAAUUACCCAUCCUGUAGAAAAAAACGAAACCAAACUACCUUCCCCUUAUCAACUCCGCAAAAAAAUAAUCCUAAAGCACAAAAAGCUACCUGAAGGAGUCGAAGAAAAUUCCUUAAAGCACUUCUUAGAAGACAUUGAUUUGCAAAGAGAAAUAGAUCUACGAAACACUGUCAAAAAUGGUAUUCUAUUCCUUGAAGACCCAGUUGACAAAGAAUGGAACCCCCAUUUCUUUGUUUUGACAGAGAAUAAAUUAUUUUAUACGGAGAGUUAUAAGCAGGAUGAAGCGGAGAAGGAUGAUGAUGAUGAUGAAGGACAUUUUGUUAAGCAGAAAGACAAUGUUCCUAAUGAUGAGUUGCAUUUUGGAGAGAAGUGGUUCCAUGGGAAGUUGGCUGGUGGCAGGAAAGAGGCUGAGGAUUUGUUGAGGCAGAAUUCGGGGCUGGGGGAUGGCACGUUUUUGGUCAGGGAGAGUGUUACAUUUGUCGGCGAUUAUUGUUUAUCGUUCUGGAGACAAGGAAAGGUUAAUCAUUGUAGAAUUAAAUUAAAACAAGAUAGAGGUGUCACAAAAUAUUUCUUAAUUGAUACUGUGUGUUUCGACAGUUUGUAUUCACUCAUUACACAUUAUAGAAAUCAUCCUUUACGGAGCCAGGAGUUUCUUAUAACUUUAACCGAACCAGUACCUCAACCAAGUGCUCAUGAAUCAGCCGAAUGGUACAGACCUGAUGUUACAAGAGCUCAAGCCGAAAGACUUUUACGAGCAGUUCCUCAAGAUGGAGCCUUUUUGGUUAGACCUAGUGAUAAAGAGCCUAACUCAUAUGCUGUUUCAUUCAGGGCUGAUAAGAAAAUAAAGCAUUGCAGAAUUAAACUAGAAGGUAGAUUGUACACUUUGGGGACCUCAGAGUUUGAAAGUUUAGUGGAAUUGAUAAAUUAUUAUGAGAAGCAUCCUCUGUACAAAAAAAUCAAGCUGACGACUCCUGUAAAUGAGCAACUGGUUCGGAGGAUGGCAUUGGAAAAUGACGACGGUUGUGUGUACGGAACCCCUGGCUACAUGGACCCCUCAGCAUUUACUUCAAAAAUAACUGUGAAAGCCCUAUACGACUAUCGGGCUUCUCGCGAGGACGAACUGUCGUUCUGCAAACACGCCAUCAUUUCCAACGUCUGCAAACCGGAUGCGGGCUGGUGGCGAGGAGACUACGGCGGAAGGAAACAGUUGUGGUUUCCCAGUAACUACGUUGAAGAAAUUACUUGUAGCAGUGUCGUUGGACAGGGGGGCCAAGGUGGUCCAGGAGGACAUGGGAGUGAGGAUGAGAGCGAGACAUCAGAUCAACUCCUGCUAGGGUCCCUCCAGAAAGGUUCUCUGGACCUUACGGGUGCUGUGGUGGAACUUUCAGCCUUGACGAUACCUGUGCCAGUGGGCGGACCUCAAAAUAUUGGUCAGGGUCAACGUGUAGAAUGGUUGUUGAGGGUGCAGACACCUGAGCAGUGUUCUGCUUUUGAAGCUGGAGUCGGGAGCAGGGACCAGGCCUUGGAGUGGACGAACGCUUUGAAAGAAUCAGCCCAAACAGCAAGUGCUAAAGAGUCGAAGCAUAAAGAAAUGGAACGCGCUUGGAGAGUUGCUAAAGAAAUGAGCAAUUUAAUUAUAUAUUGCAGAUCAGUAGCAUUUAACUUGGAUAGAAUAAAAACCAAAGGUUUCACAUUCUACGAGAUGUCUUCAUUUCCUGAAAAUAAAGCAGAGAAAAUUAUUUGUCAACAGGAGAACAAAUUCUUCUUGAAGUAUCAUCAAAUACAAUUCAGCCGGGUCUACCCAAAAGGUCAACGAAUAGAUUCAUCAAACUACAACCCGGUAUCUUUAUGGAACAGUGGUUCUCAAAUGGUUGCUUUGAAUUACCAAACACCUGACAAGCCUAUGCAAUUGAAUUGGGCUAAAUUUAGAGACAACGGAUCCUGUGGAUACUUGCUCAAACCUGAUUUCUUCUUCAGGGAUGAUUUUAAUCCUUAUGAUAAGAAUUCACUGGUAGGUGUUGAGCCAAUGUGUAUUACGUUAAGAGUUAUUGGAGCCAGGCAUUUAGGAAAAUGUGGAAAGGGUGGUCGAGGUACUGCAAGUCCUUAUGUAGAAGUGGAAGUGGUCGGAGCUGAUUUUGAUUCUGGGGUUAAAUUGACAUCAAAACCUAUAGCUGAUAAUGGUUUCAAUCCACUCUGGAACGAGGUUUGCGAGUUUGAAGUAGCAAAUCCCUAUUUGGCUCUGCUGAGGUUUGUGGUUCAAGAAGAAGAUGUCUUCGGAGACCCCAAUUUCAUCGGACAGGCCACGUAUCCUGUGACAUGUCUUCGAACCGGUUACAGAAGUGUUCAGUUGAAAAAUGGAUACAGCGAAGACUUGGAAUUGGCUUGUUUGCUGAUACAUAUUUCUAUAAGGAAUCCUAGGGAAAGUUGCAACAAUGGUUUGAAUUCUUCAUUGAGGAGUUCGGCUAAAAAAAUCAGUGAUGUGGCUACGAGAUUAUUAUUUGCACAUUGA